AUGCGCGAUUGUUACGUCGCAUAUCUCGACGAUAUCGGGUGCCCGCUGGAGGACCUGAGCUGUCAGUGCACGGACAGCCUCGAUAUCUACAACAGCCACAUGGGGGCAGUCACGGAUCUCUACACUUGCCUAGCGUUCGAGCUCUGUGGCACUUUUGAAAUGGCAGACAUGUACACGGGCGAGUACGCACUGGAGUACUGCGCGCCUUAUUUUGCUGGAAGCCAAACGACGAGGAGGACGUUGGGUCCUACAGAAACGGAUGAUGAUCUGCUUCCUGAAGAGACGCAAGUUGAGACUCGAGAAGAAACAGGCGAAAGCUCGCUGCAUCCCGGGAUCAUUGCGGCCAUUGUCCUUGGAAUUAUCCUCCUAGCUCUCGCCAUUGUGGGGUACAUGGUCUUCUACAUGCGACGGAGAAGGAAGAGCACGACGAGCACACUGCCGACUACCACGGAUCAUACCUCUGUCGGUCAGCAGCAGGCCGAGGCCAAGGAUUCAGAUGUUCCAACGACGACAAGGCCCAUCCACGAGGCAGAUGCAUACUCUCCCAAGCCAACCCUUACCCUUUCGACCUCGACUCCAUCCCCGACUCAAUCACCGCCGUCCGUGUCCCAACCACACAUGGUUGCCCCUCCCCCAUCCGAGCUCUACGCUGCCACGUCGCCGCGGCAGGGGACAUUGUACCAUGAGAUGCCACCGCACAAUACAGCAAGCGAGAUGGCGGCUACGAACCUGGUGCAUGAAAUGCCAUCUGUACCCCACCGCACUUGGUGGAAGGCAUCUGCCGGUAGGAUGAGCGGGCUGUGA